AUGUUUUCUCUAUUAGAGGCUGGCUCCUUGAAGAAACUUCGGAGGAAAACAAUCAGUCACGGCAUUCAAGUUCAACCCCAGAAAGAAGGUGACCAAGAAGGGUUCAAACAACGAAAAGUUAAAGCUGAUAGCUUUGUAGGAACCAAAUCAAGAUCUCGAAAAGGUUGUAAUGCUUGUCGUCGUCGUAAGAAACGAUGUGAUCAUGUACAUCCUGUUUGUGGCCCUUGUUUACGACGGAAAGAAGCUUGUGGGUGGAGCGUUGAUCCUAAGCCACCAGUAGUUGUGGAUCAAAGUAUCACGAUUAAGACUGAAAAUGAAAAUGAAAACGCUACUGUAGUACAACCAGAUGAUCCAUUGAUAUACCCUUAUGCUUUUCAACCCUUGAACAAACCAUUGACUCUUGCGGGAUCAAGAGCCAUUGGAACAGAAGAAUAUGGUGGUUCAAAUGAUACUACUCCUUUUGUUUAUGAACAUAAUUUGAAUGCCUUCUCCUUAGGAGCACCGGGAUUUUGUGAUGUUAUUCCCGACUUGUUAUCCCCUUUCCCAACUUUAGAACUGGCACCAAUUCCAAAUACUGAAACACCGCUUUUAUCACUUCCUGUAGUGAAUGAUCUGCGAGAACCAACACCAAAUAGACUCCCAGACAUUUCGAGCUUAUUUAAACUGCCAGACGUCUUUGAAUCUAAUUCUGGAUUUCAACUGGCUUUUCAUAUUAGUUCCCCAGCAUCAAUAUCAAAUGGCUAUGGAAGUGAUAUCGAAAAGAAUGUUUCUGAUACUGUUAAUUCAAGAAGUAUUAUAACUGAAUCAGCAUUAGACGAUGUAUUCAGUAUCCAAUCAACUAUACCAGUUCAUCCUUAUUUGCCUAACCCACACUCAUUUCUUGACAGUCGAGGUGAACUCUUUUUGAACUUUUAUAGAUAUAAGGUGACAAGAGUUGUUGCUGUUAGCGGAGAGAGUUCUAAUUACUUUGUUAAAUCUCACUUGAAGUUCUGUCGUUAUGACGAAGCAAUCUGUAAUUUGGUUGCUGCUUGGGGUGGAAUGUAUUUGAGAGGUUCACUAAAUGAUCCAUACGUUCAAAUCUAUUAUAAGAAAGCUAUUGUUUUAUUUAACAAUAAUUAUAUUCCAAAAGUAGGGAAGUCAAGGGUAUACAGGUUUUGGGUAUUGUUAUUUUAUACUGUACUAUAUGGGUUAUAUGUUUGUGCGGGAGAUUGCUUAGCAUGGAAGAUUGUCUUUUUAAGGUAUAAGGAUUUUGUGGAUCAUUGUGGAGGACUUAAAAAGGUAUGUGAGGAUUAUCAAUAUUCAAAUGAUAUUGUUUUCUUGAUGUCUCUUUUCCAAUAUACUGAUAUAACGUCAAGUAAUGUGUUGUUGAAUGGGACUACCUAUCCAAUAGAAGUGUACAGGGAAGUUUUUGAAGGUGUUAACUUUCUGAAAUAUGGUGUUGACCCAGUACAAGGUGUAUUUCAACCGAUAUAUUUAAGAUUGGGAGAGAUUGUCAAUGCCAAAGUCGCUGUUCGUGAAAGAAGGAAAGUAUUAGAACGGAAUUAUAACGAAUCAUCUAAAACCAGCAUUGCUGAGAGUUUGAAAGAGACUUACCAACAAGAACUUCAAGAUUAUAACCACUCUACACUGUCUUUAUUCUCAGAUAUGAUGAAGAAAGUCACUGCAGAACAACCUUGUAAAGCACAAUUGGAUCUACUAUUCGAUGAUGAAAGGGAAUUCAAUUUACAAGUUGACACUUUCAAAACUUAUCAAAUAGUAUGUCAGAUAUAUUGCUAUUUGUUCCUUAAGGAAGUACACCCUAAUGCCACUGAGGUCCAAGAUCUUGCUGGAGAGUUAUUAAAUUUAAUUGAAAGUUUGAUGGAAUCAAAGAUGCUUGUUUCUAUGCUUAUUCCAUUAUUAACGUGUGGAAUGGUUGCUCAGACAGCCUAUGAUAGAAGCAGAAUAGAGCAAGGGUUCAAUAGGUUAUUAAGGUCUUGUGCACUUUAUAACGUUGAGACAGCUCGUGAAAUAACACGGGAAUUGUGGAGACGGAAUAUGAAUGGUACUAUAUUUGUGGAUUGGUGUACUAUAUGUGAAGAGAAAGGAUGGGAUUUCUGUGCUUGCUAG